AUGAGGCAAAGCAAGAUAACGAUUCUGGGGCUGACUCUGCUGCUUUGCCUGGGACUUGGACACUCCCAUGGUUUUGGUGGCAAGCUGGGCGGAGGCUAUGCACCUGUGUACAACAACUUUGUCCCCUAUCCUGUGGCCCAGCCCAUCCCAGUGGCCCAGCCCGUUCCAGUUCCCGUGGCCAUUCCUCAACCGAUUCCAGUCCCAGUGCCCCAGCCAGUGAUUGUACCCAUUAAGCACGGCUGGAAGGGCGGAUUCGGUGGUCUGGGUGGAUUCGGCGGUGGCUAUGGAGGCGGUUUCGGUGGUUAUCAGAACUAUGCCUCUGCCUCCUCUUUCAGCUCUGCCAGUUCAUUUGGCGGAGGUUAUGGCGGCUUUGGUGGUGGCAUCUUUAAGAGACGUUGA